UGAUUAAUAAAUAAAUAAAAUAAAAUAAAUCUGUCCUCUUUUGAAGUCAAAAACUAUGUUGACCAAUACAGAUUUGUUGGGUUUCAUCUUCAGCACAUACUCCUCUCUCAUACAAAAAUCUCAAUCUUCAUUCCCAAUUGACAAAAAUCUCGAAGUCCAUCUCUCAGUUUUCGCUGUAACCGAACUCAGAUUGUUUAGAAGUUUUUCUGGUGCAUUAUGGUCUCAAAAAGAUCUGAUCUUUAGCUUUUAAACCUUCUUCUGGGUAAUGGAGUUGAAGAAGGAAAAGCUUGUAAAGUUUUACCCUGAUGGAAAACAAUAUAGAGAAACAUCACGGGGAAAAACUGAACAAGUAUAUCCAGAGAUGUCGUCUUCCAUGGAUAAGGUUUCAACUUCAUUGCUAAAAGCAGACAAUGGGAUGAUGGGUGGUAGAAAUAGACUGACAGAUACUAGCAAAGGUGGGAGGUCCAAGGUUUUCCCAGCGGACCGCCAACCAUGGCAUCAUAGGAUACUCGACCCAGGAAGUGAUAUUGUGCUGCUAUGGAACAGGAUUUUCCUUGUCUCAUGCUUGCUGGCACUUUUUGUUGAUCCAUUGUAUUUUUACUUACCUACUGUUGGAAGGGAUGAAAAUUCUUCAUGUGUGAAUAGUGACUUAAAGUUGAGGAUAGUUGUUACAAUCUUUCGGACAUUUGCAGAUCUUUUUUAUUUGUUGCACAUGGUUAUAAAGUUUAGGACUGCUUAUGUUGCUCCAGACACUCGUGUGUUUGGGAGGGGAGAACUUGUCAUGGAUCCAAAGAAGAUUGCAUGGAGAUAUAUUAGAUCUGAUUUCUUCAUUGAUCUCAUUGCCACUUUGCCACUGCCUCAGAUGGUUGUAUGGUUUGUCAUACCAGCAACAAGAGGUCGUCAAACUGAUCAUAAGAACAAUGCUCUUGCAUUAAUUGUUCUACUACAAUAUAUUCCCAGAUUAUAUCUGAUUUUUCCUUUGAGUUCUGAAAUCAUUAAAGCAACUGGAGUAGUCACGAGGACAGCUUGGGCUGGAGCUGUAUAUAAUUUGAUGCUAUACAUGUUGGCAAGCCAUGUUUUAGGAGCUGCAUGGUAUUUAAUAUCAGUUGACAGGUAUAAAUCAUGCUGGAAAUCAAAUUGUAGAAAUGAAACUGGCCCUAUUGGAUGUGUCCUCAGUUAUCUGGACUGUGAUACCUUAAACCAUAGCGAUCGCAAGGCAUGGGCAAAUAGUACAAGUGUUUUCAAGAACUGUGAUCCAAACAAUAGUAUCACUUUCCAAUUUGGUAUAUUUGAAAAUGCAGUGACGAAAAAUGUUGUCUCCUCUAAUUUUGUUGAGAAGUACCUCUACUGCUUGUGGUGGGGCUUACAGCAACUAAGUUCAUACGGGCAGAAUUUGGAAACUAGCACAUUUAUUGGGGAAACAACAUUUGCCAUACUCAUUUCCAUCUUGGGUCUUGUUCUAUUCGCACACUUGAUUGGCAAUAUGCAGACAUACCUUCAGUCUCUCACCAUAAGACUGGAGGAGUGGAGGCUUAAGCGAAGAGAUACUGAAGAAUGGAUGAGGCAUCGCCAACUCCCUGAAGAUUUGAAACAACGGGUUCGGCGCUUUGAUCAAUAUAAGUGGCUUGCAACUCGAGGAGUAAAUGAAGAAUCUAUCCUGCUUGGUUUGCCUGCUGAUCUCCGGCGAGAUAUCCAGCGCCACUUAUGCUUGGACCUUGUUCUACGCGUCCCAUUCUUCUCACAGAUGGAUGAUCAAUUGCUUGAUGCAAUAUGUGAACGGCUAGUUUCUUGUCUGAGCACAGCUGGCACCUAUAUUGUCCGUGAGGGUGAUCCCGUGACAGAAAUGCUAUUUAUUAUCAGAGGCAGAUUGGAGAGUUCUACUACUAACGGAGGUCGUACUGGUUUCUUUAACUCAAUUACUUUGAAACCUGGAGAUUUUUGUGGAGAGGAGCUAUUAGCAUGGGCUCUGCAUCCAAAAUCCUCUCUCAACUUACCUUCCUCAACUAGGACGGUUAGAACUUUAAAUGAAGUCGAAGCUUUUGCAUUGAGAGCCGAAGAUUUGAAAUUUGUUGCAAACCAAUUCAGACGUCUCCAUAGCAAAAAACUUCAGCAUACAUUCAGGUAUCACUCCCAUCAUUGGAGAACAUGGGCAGCCUGUUUCAUACAAGCUGCUUGGCGUCGACACAAAAAAAGGAUGAUAGAGAAUAAUCUCACUGCUUCAGAAUCCUUUUCUUUGGAUGCACAAGAUACUAAUGGAAAAAGGCAAGACAAGGGGGACCAUUUUUCGGAAGGUUUAACUUCUCAACUGAAAGUCACGAUACUCGCUUCUAGAUUUGCUGCAAACACAAGGAGAGGAGCUCAAAAGAUUAAGGAUGCUGAGAUGCCAAAACUACAGAAACCUGAGGAGCCCGAUUUUUCUGCUGCUGAUGACUAGUGGUUGAAGUAAGCAUUUUCAGCUUUUAUAUGCCAAAGGCCUAGCCCUUUUCAGAUUCUUGUGGAAAGAACUUCCAGAUAGCAAUGGCAUCCGGUAUCUCACAGAAAUAGCUUCAGAUGUGUGUGGAGUAGAAAAGGGGUAUUUUUUCCUGUAUUCUUCAAUACCUGUGUACUUAUUAUUUUUGGGUAAUGCUGUAGUCAUUCCAGCUACAUCAUUCAUCAAGGGUUAGAGUGAUAUAUAUAUACUUAUUUUACCUUCUAUCUUACUCACUUGAAA